ACAAACACGCAGCUCCUGGUGCCACCGCCACAGCCCUGUUGCCUUUGCAAGCACAAGCUUCGCCGUUGUGCGUUUCUCCACAACGUCUCGUUUCAAUCGCCGCCUCAGUGCUCAGAUCUGCAUCCUCAUCUUGCGUCGAAGAAGCAGAAGAGUACCCACCUUAGGUAAUGCUGCGCCUAGAUCGCUAUGAAGUUGGAUCCGUGAGUCUACAGCUGACCAUCCACAACACCCAGUGUAUAUGUGUAUGUGUGUGUUUGUGGGGGUGAGUGUGUGUGUGGGUGUGUGAGUGAGUGUGUGGGUGUGUGAGUGAGUGAGUGUGUGGGUGUGUAGGACAAGAACAGGACAAUGGUGGUGAGUUUGAGGAUGCCUAGUGACAAGUGCCUCGCAGUUUGAGGCCGAGGGCAGGAGUCAAGUCAGUUCUAAUCACCGUAUUUUUAAGGCACACAUAGGCACACUCACCUUGACUUGGCCGCUCACCAUGAGCUGGUCAUCGCUGGGACUGGGUCACCACAGGGUCUGUCCACUACUAGGUUGAUGACGUCGCAGCUGGGGACGAGAGAACAAAGCGGGUGGGACAUGAGCCAAACAAUGCGUAAAGGACCGAUAACCUGCAAGCCGUGGUUUUUUAUUUUUUAUAUAUUUAGGUCAGCGUCCCAUGCACACGGGGAAAGAAUGACUGCUGCUUUUUGGACCGCAGAUGUAGAGUGCAAAUGUUUAGAUGCAUCAGCUCACGUCAUCACUCUCAAAGAGUUUUGUUUUUUUCCUUCGGCACCAGACACUUUUGGUUUUAUUACCGCCACGAUAGCCCUUCUCGUGUCUGCCUGUCUUGGUCGUGGCCUUCUAAAGCUAAUGGAAGGAAGAAUUAUUGAGGGAGAAUCCUGACUUUGGCUUGUGUCGUUCGAGGUGCACCAGGAGGUCUGGGUUUUCUUUUGUCCGUAGAGCUAGUGUCUGGUCGAUGCAGUGUGAUCAUCGAGCUGGUGGGUGCCCACAGCCCGUGGUGUUCUGCAACUGCCUGCAACACCGCUCGUUUGAGAGUUUUCAAUUCGUGUGGUAAUGAUUUGGCAGUCAUCUGCGUGGCUUUUGACGGUCAACUGAGUAGUACGCCAUUUGUCACACGAAUUUUUCAAAAGAAAUUCUUUCUGGGAUCAUAAUGAGAACUUUCUCUCAAGCAUGGAGCAUUUCCUAGAUUACGCAAAUCACUUCACUUCUGAAGGUGGCUCAUCUGAGGGAGGCUGAGGAAGCUGUUUUCCGUAUCAUCCUGUGAGAACCCGUCCAGUCUGUACAUGUCACGGGACACUUUGUUGGUGCACUGGACAAAGGCUUGUGGUCGAAGUCGCCUUGGUCUGCAAUCAGUGCUAGUCACUGUUGUAAAUGAGAUUUAUAUUCCUACCCUUUUUCGAUGUAACGCGGUAUCUGGAUCCCUGUCUCUUAAGCGUAGGUUAUAUCAAGUGGUUGGAUUGUUUCCAGGAUGAGCUUUGCAAAAAUGAGCUGUAGAGGACUGCUUGCGUUGACAAGCGGUAGGGUGCGGCAAACGCAGUCCAUGUAGUCGGAGUGACUGACACUCUUCAAUUCAAAUCUGUUUGAUUGUCAGCAUUACAACUGGCCAAGCUAUCAACCCAGUUUGUGAUCACUUUCUGAUGCGAUCUGAAAUCAUAUGACUACUGGAAGUACUACUUUCGAGCGAUGUUUUCCUCUUCGUUCCUCUAAUUCUUGUUGCCCUCCUAUCUUUCUCUGAAUUUUGCCCUUCGCCUGCGUAAAAAAACGAGGGCCAGGACCUUUCUACUUCUUCGAAGCUCGGACAAUGAAUGGGUUGUAUCGUGAGUCUUCAUGGAAUUUCACUCAGUUGAGUCCGUUCUGGGAGGAGAAUAAAUUGUGAGGCUGCCUACUUCUUUAUAUGUUUUUGUCGAUGCAGGAACUUUUUCUAGCUUCAUAUGAAGUGUAAGAUGCGUAGUGUCUAGAGAAAUUUUGCCCGUCCAGAUCCUCCCGAGACGAGGAGUGUAUUCGUCGACGAUGACAAACGUGCUUAGUCCAUCAAACUCCGGCCGUCUGGGGUUUCUGAAGUCCCAGCAAGAUGUGUGGCUCACCCGGGGGGGCAUUGUGGUCCUAAUACUAGGCUCCUUCAUGUUUUUCAAGUUCUUGAUCGACUCGCAGCCGAGUCCCAUUCCCGCCGAAUUCACUAUCGGUCGGCUCUCCCCACAAGCCUCAGCGGAUUGUCAAAAUUGUACUCACCCCAGGGUUGUGUCGACUGACCCCACUUCUAGGUUACCAGAAUCGACGUUUCCCAAUUCUUACCUCCCCUGCAAAGAUUACGUGAAACCAGGAAGCAGCACUCAUGAUUUAGAUGUCGACAAGUAUUUCAAAGUAUCGGUUGAGGAUUCGGAGCUUCUCCAUGCUGCUCAAGACGCUGCGACCAAUCCUCUACCAGAUGGAAAACCCAAAAUUGCAUUCCUAUUCAUCCUUCGGAAGGAGAUCCCACUUGAGCCUCUGUGGGAGCGAUUCUUUGCGGGAGCGGAUAAUGAUUCCUACUCUAUAUAUACUCACGCGAGCUGGUGGGUUAACCAGUUUCCGAACUCGUCCGUCUUCCACAACAGAUCCAUUUCAACCAAGGAAGUAAAGCGCUUCGAUAUUACUCUUGUAGACGUUGUCCGCAGAUUGCUGGCAUUUGCCUUGUUGGACACAGGCAGAGCUAAUAUGUGGUUCAUGCUAGUCUCUGAGGCGUGCAUGCCAGUUCGGAGCUUUCCUUACGUUUACGACUAUUUCAUGAACUCCACCACGAGCUUCGUCGAAUCCUAUUCUCCACUGAAGAGGUUCAAGCGGUGGCACACGGAGCCCCUGUUCAAAUUGGAGCAGCUUCACAAGGGUGAGCUAUGGGUGUCCAUGCACCGCCGCCAUGCCGGAAUGGUGGUCGGUGAUGUCACAUUUUACCGCAAAUUCAAAGCCGAUUGCCGUGACGACUGCGUCCUUGAUGAGGAGUAUGUACAGACUCUGCUCCAUAUCUUGGAUCCCAAGGGAAUCGCCAAUCGGUCAGUCACUUACGCAGACUGGUCCAAUCCCAAACACGGGGACUCCCCUUUGAAGCACAAUGUCUCGCAUAUAAACCUCGAGCUGUUCCGGAAGAUUCAGAACAGGACAGAAAACAGGGAUGGGCAAUAUAUGGACUCGUCUGACGACUUAAAUCACACCAUGCAAACGUGUAUAUACAACGGACGACCUAGUUCACCCUGCUUUUUAUUUGCUCGGAAGUUUUCAGGUGAACCUGCAGAUGUUGAAGCUUUAGUGAAACUCCCAAAGAGUAUUUUGGGCUACUAAAAUGUGCCAGGGAUCAGUCGCAACCUCCUAUAAUUACUACCCUGAUCCCUGUGACUGAUAGAGACACAACAGAAUUGUGUCCUUUCUAUUCUAGGUAACGAUUGUCAGUGAGGAGUUGCAGGGAUUUAACCAGAUGUGGAAUGUAAUAACUAGAGAAAGGUUUUAGAAUGAUAGUACAUCUCUUAUGCCAAUGAUGUGUCAUGAGGGCGAAGUAGCAGAUUCAAUUCUUAUCUGUACAUAAGACAAAAAAAUAUAAAACGUAGCUGCGUUCACAUCUAAUUUCUCCACUGUUGA